AUGCUGAGAGUCGUCCUGCUGACCGUCCUCGCCAGCCUUGUGCUGGCUGAGAUGCCCCAGAUUGUGCCCAGGUACCUGGAGGAUGGCGUUAUGGAGAGGGUGGUUGGAGGAGAGGAAGUCAACGCUCGUGGUGCCUGGCCCUGGCAGAUCUCCCUCCAGUGGAAGGCUGACAGUGGCUACAGACACACCUGUGGAGGCACUCUGAUCAGGAGGGAAUGGGUGUUGACCGCUGCUCACUGUGUGGACAGUGAUAGGACCUGGCGUGUGGUGCUGGGAGAGCACAGCUUUGACACUAACGAGGGAACUGAGCAGGUGCGUGAGGUCAGCGAAGUCAUCAUCCACCCCAACUGGGACUCCAGCAACGUUGCUGCUGGCUUUGACAUCGCCCUGCUGCGUCUGUCCAAGGAUGCUGUGCUGAACCCCUACGUGCUGCUCGGCUCCCUGCCCACCCCUGACGAGGUCCUGCCCCACGAGCACCCCUGCUACAUCACCGGAUGGGGCCUCACCGCCACUGGUGGUGAGAUCUCCACCGUCCUGAAGCAGGCUCUCCUGCCCGCCAUUGACCAUGAGACCUGCUCCAGUGACAGCUGGUGGGGCAGCACUGUGCAGGACACCAUGGUGUGUGCUGGAGGCGGCAGCGACUCUGGAUGCAACGGAGACUCUGGUGGUCCUCUGAACUGUAAGGUGGAGGGCAAGUACGUGGUCCACGGUGUGGCCAGCUUUGUGUCCUCAUCAGGAUGUAACACAGAGAUGAAGCCCACCGUCUUCACCCGCGUGUCCGCCUACUUGGGCUGGAUGGAGGAGGCCAUGGGAGAGGAAUAAACAAGGUGGUCAGACGAUGAAAUCCAACCCACUUCAAGACCAAGAGCUACGAGUCCAUGUUUUUACAAGUCCA